CAGUUAGAGCCAGGCAUGUGGCACACGCCUGUAAUCCCAGCACUUGGAAGGCUGAGACAAGAGGGUUUGAGGCCAUCAUGGGCUUCAUGGCUGGUGUUUGGAAUGCUUUAUCCUGCAUAUUAUUCAUACAAAACGGUGAAGACAAAAAAUGUGAAGGAGUAUGUGCGCUGGAUGAUGUACUGGAUUGUUUUCGCUCUGUACACCGUGAUUGAAACAAUAGCGGAUCACACGGUUGCUUGGUUUCCCUUGUACUAUGAGCUGAAGAUUGCUUUUGUCUUAUGGCUGCUCUGUCCCCAUACCAAAGGAGCAAGUUUAAUAUAUAAAAAAUUCCUUCAUCCACUUCUUUCUUCAAAAGAAAGGGAAAUUGAUGAUUAUAUUGUACAGGCCAAGGAACGAGGCUAUGAGACUAUGGUAAACUUUGGGCGACAAGGUUUAAACUUAGCAGCUACUGCUGCUGUCACUGCAGCAGUGAAGGGCCAAGGAGCGAUAACUGAACGUUUAAGGAGUUUCAGUAUGCAUGACUUAACGGCCAUCCAAGGUGAUGAGCCUGUGGGACAAAGACCGUAUCAGCCUUUACCAGAAGCAAAAAAGAAAAGCAAGCCAGCCCCCGGUCAGUCAGCAGCGUAUGGAAUUCCACUGCAAGACGGAGAUGAGAAGACAGACGAAGAAGCGGAUGGGCCAUAUUCGGAUGACGAGAUGGUGACACACAAAGGACUUCGAAGAUCACAGAGCAUGAAAUCUGUGAAAACCAUCAAAGGCCGAAAGGAGGUGCGGUAUGGUUCGCUGAAAUACAAGGUGAAGAAGAGACCGCAGGUGUAUUUUUAGUCAUCAAACUUCAAGUACCCUAAGACAAGUAAUACUAAUGCACCAGCUUCAUUUUCUAACAUGUUAUCUUCAGGAUUUACACAUGACAGUGAUUCCUUGUAUUGUGGCAAUAAGAUUUAGUUUCAUGAAUUUAAAUAUUUUUACAUCUUUAACAAUUACUUUUAAAUAUUGAAGAAAGGUAAUCACACAAGCUGUAUUAACUUAUGUACCCAAACGUGUAGGAAACCAUGUUACACAGGCCCACAGUAUACUUGAAGAAACUCACUAUGGUUCAGAAUCUGUCAGCCUCUGUGUGUUACAUUACAUUUACCUCCAGCUGUGUUGUGUCUGGACACAUGCGAAUGGUAACUAAGCCUCUGAUCAGGCAGUGGUAUCACAAGGCCAUACAGUAAGUAGUGAAGUACGUUAUUCUUUACAUUGUUACUUUUGUAAUACUUUCUACUUUUUUCACCUUUAACUGAAAGAUUUUGAAACAAAUAUUUGAAAAGCUGGUAUUCAUAUAGCGCUUUCCUAACUAGUUUUGCACUCUUGAAAAUUGUUUACUUUUUUUACAUCUAUACAUUGCCUUUAAAUUUUAUUGACACUACAUUGUUUGUCAUAUUCUGACGUGUUGAGAUUAUGCCUUGAAGAACAUUAUCUCCUUUCUUGUGGGUUCCAUUUGUUCAAUUUAUUGGAUUUAUAAUAUUAAAAUACAUCUAAUUAUUCCAUUUUAACUUUUUAAGUUAGCUUCUUUACAAAUGAGAAGUUACUUUAAACAUUAGUUGUCCAUAUUUAGCUGUACAAUGUAGUUAAACUUAGCACAUUUAUCAACACCAAUUACAUUUUCUGUUUGUAAAAAUGGUAUUAGCUUUUGUGAAAUGGAAUUGGAGAACAGUAUAACAGUCUUUUAAUUCAUAAAAUUAUCCAACAGCCAAUCCAUUCACAAGCUUGGCAUUGAUAUGUACUGCUGGUUUAUAAAUCUGGCAUUGACUAAAAUCAUUUGAAUCUUCUUCUGGCUGAGAUAAUUCUCUGAAUAUGAGUGUCCAUGCAAAAUACAGACAUGAUUAAUCCUCUAUAUCAGAAACUAUUAGAAAUAUCAUUGUUUAAUCCAAGAAAUUUGGAGAUCUAGAACCGUGAGGCUUUCUUCAGGUUGCACCAAUAACUAUGCAUUAUGAGCCCUUAGUCAGUAUUUUAUGGGUGAUGAUUUUUCUGAUCAAUAAUCAAAUUUGUACUUACUAUGCUUAUUCAGAUAAUUUACUUGGCCAGCCUAUUUGUUUGCCCAAAAGAGAACAGUAAGAGAGAUUUGUGGGACGUUUGACUUUUCUGCCUUUUAAGAAAAGUAAGCCACCUGGUAAUAUAUAUUCAAGACCCCCUCGGAGUAUUGGCUGAGAACAGAAUGUUUACUCAGGGGUACAUUAGUAUAAUUCAUACAUUGCCUCUUGAUAGUAGUCUUAAUAUUUUUACACUGUCCCACAUUCUUGAUACAUAAUCCCAAGUAAAAAUUCAUUCCCCGUUUUUCUCCCAGAGUUUAAAACUAUGAAUAUCCACAUCUACUUUUACUUAACUACUUUUUAGCCUUUUCAUUUCUUGAAGGACUGUCUAGUUUUAUGCUAAACUCCUAUGAAUUCUAAUUAUAAAUGCUUGGAAGCAAAUUUUAUUUAUAUUGCCUGGUGCUAGACUUCGAUAUAAAUACUACAUCAUGCUAGCUUCUGCUACACACAGGCAUUCAGAGGCAGUGUCAUCUCACAUUGCCUGAUCAGGUCAUGUAAGUCACCUUGUAUCAAAAACAGUGUCUUCGGACGCCAACUGGCACCAUUUGCCUUUUUCAGUUCUAAUUAUCUUAGCAUUAGGCCUGUCCUGUGGGGCUAAGGACCUAACUCAGUGGCAGAGGACGUGCUUAACCUGAGCAAGGCCCUGGGUUCAGUCCCCAAAACACUCACACAUACUAUCCAUUGGUAUGGAUGUUUAUAUCUUAGAAACAGAACACUUCGUUUCCGACAGCCCCACCCUGGGAGCAGCCGUGCAGGUCCUUCAGCGUGCUCCUUCCCCUUUGGUCCAGAUGUGUUUGUGCUGCUGCCGUCCUUAUAUGAAAUUGAUACCAUCAUGUUCUCCCAUGUUCUGUCUCCUUUUACAUUUCUUACAUUUUGGUGUUGUCCUCUUGCUGUGUUUUAGCAUGGCCCUGUCUUUGAGCUUUGUGUAAUAAGCUUACACAUUUGUACUUCUUUUAAGGUGGAAUAGGUCUUUCUUUGUUUCUCUGCAUUUACAUCUACUGAUUUUAAAAGAUGUACAUUUCCUGUAGACCAGAGUGCCUCGCCUUUCCCCUCUCCACUCAGUGGCCAGGCCCUUCGGUGCACAAGCGACCUAGAGCACUGUUUCGGUAGCUGUGGGAACUUACCCAGAAAUUGUAGCUGGUAUUUUUUUUUUUCUUCUUUUUGGUUUUUUUCCGGUACUGGGGAUCGAACUCACAACCUUGCGCUUGCCUGGCAGGUGCUGUGCCACUAAGCUAAAUCCCCAGCCCAUAGCUGGUCUUUCUUAAACUGUAUACUUACCCAGCUUGUUCACCAGUGCUUAACCAUUUGCCAAGCUUGUUUAGAAGUAAUAACUGACCAAUUCUUACUCUGUUAUACUGUACACCAUUUUCCAUGGUAUAAAAAAGCACUAGCUGUAACUCUAUAUCUAAGUAAUUAAUUAUGCACCCAUAUCCCUUCCACACACCUCAUUGUCUAUCUGUGUGUUUGGCUAAGAAAUGAUACUGCCACCAUUACUAAUUAUAAAUACUUGACUACACUGGUUGAUGGAACAAAAUCAUUAAAGUGUUUUCAGGGAUCAUUUUCCAUGUCUCACCACCAAAGAAUUGUGCAGUGUUAUAAAGUGUAUAAAUUUCUGUAAAACAUUGGUUAGAUAAGUAUGUCUUCUUUCUUUCUUGAAAUAACAUGUAGUUUGUACUUUUGGAAAGGGCUUGAACUUUUAUGUUGUUAAAAUAUAUCAUCAGUAUCAUCACUACCUUAUAUUGAAGUAAUUUUUAUUUUAUAAUUGGAAUGGUCUAAAUUCUCAUUUAAUACCUUUUAUCAGGAAAAAGGAGCUAAUAUGUAUUUAAAAGCAAUUUCCUAUGUUUUCUCCUGUGUAGGUUAUUUGUGAAACAAGUAAUGUUUGAGAUCAUUUCUGUUGCGAUAUGCAGUAUGUAUUUCUUAGUAAAUAUCAUCUAAGAUUAAAGUUUUCUGAAGAGAGCUUUUUUUUCCCUAAAUGUUUUGAAUGUUUAGUCUUUCAGUAGUAUUCUGAAGAUUUGAUGUAUCUCAGCCCUACUUAAACAUUGACCAAUAGCUUAACAUUUUCUCUUCUAACAUCUUUUAAAUCUAUGUACUUUAAUAGCUAAAAGAAAAUAAUUUUACAAAACUUUACUCUCUUUGUAAAAGUUGCCUUUUAGCCCAGUAUAUGGGUAAUUUUAAAAGUGUAUUUUUUGAAAAUAAACUCAUUUAUUAGUGGUAA